AUGAGCAGAUCAGUUCCGGGCAAAAAAGAAGACCCCGGCGUCCCCUGCUCGGCCUUGAUCCUAGACGCUAUACCCAUCAGCUGCCAGGACACGCUGGGACUGAUCCGUGCCGACGUCGUAGCGUGGGACGCAGACACGCUCGCGGACGAGGCCUUCGCCCAGGCCGUGGUGAUGGACGUGCUCAACCCCUUGUCCUGGCUCAUCAGCACCGGUAUCGUUAGAGAAGGAAAUUCGACGGCGUAUUACGAAGCAUCGAGCCGCACAUAUAUCAUCGGCACUGUCUUCGGUUACAGCCCGAGCCUCGCAGAUAGCCAGAGGCAGACGCCCAAGCUGUCCCUCGCUUGUCUCCGACCUGAGUGGGUGCCUCCCACCACGCCUGACACCACAUCUACGAGUUUGACCCCGUAUGUUUACCAGACGCAAACUUCGGUCGUCGCCACUGCUUCCGAGGCGUCUACGACGUCGUCCAUGCCGCCACCCGCCACUAGCUCUGGACCUAGUUGUAUCUCGGGCGGUGCGUCUCCGAACAGGGCGACGGGGGAUAUUCAGGAGUUAUGCAGCUUCGGCUGCGAGUACGGGCACUGCCCGCCUACGGCUUGUCAGUGCUUAGAGUACUCUGUCACGCCGAAGACUGCCCCUGAAGCCGACGGGGCGGAUGGGUGUCCUCUUGAAGGCGUCAUGGACGAUGACCUAGCUCACCUAUGUAGCUUUGCCUGCAAGCGCGGCAAUUGCCCGGAGUCAACAUGCCGUGCUUGCUAA